AUGCAAAAUAAAAAUAAUAAUAAUAAUAGUAAUAAUAAAAAAUAUAAGAUAGUAUUGUUUGGAGAUUAUUGGGAUUUUAAUAAUAAUGAAAAAAAGAGUUUUAAAAGAUUUGGUGAUGACGACGAUGAAGAUGAUGAACUUGUAAAAAUUAAAACAGAGUUUAGAAUAAAAAAUAUAGAAUUUAAAGAUACCAGUGAAAAGUUUAAAUUAUUUAUUUAUGAUGUUAAUGAAUAUAGUGAAACUUUUAUAUAUUUUAAAGAUUUUUAUUUUAAAGGUGUUGAUGGUUAUAUAUUAGUUUAUAACCCUCUUAAUAAUAGUUAUAACAAUUCAUUUUAUACAUCUUUUGAAAUAUUAAAAAAAUGGUUAACCGAAAUUAAAAAGAAUCAAACAAAUAAUAAUAAUAAUUGGAAAGAUUGGUUUAAUAUUUAUAGCUGGUUAAAUUGGUUCAAUAAUAAAAAUAAUAAUAAUAAUAAUAAUAAUAAUAAUAAUAAUAAUAAUAAUAUAAAUUCAAAAGCAACAAUAAUAAUAGUUUUGGAUAAAACUCAUUUAAAUGAUAAUGACCCAGAAUAUGAAAAAAUUAAAAUUUUAGCAAAUCAUGAAUCAAUUCAAUUAAUUGAAAUAACAAAUUCAAAAGAAUCAACAAAUAAAAUGUAUUUUCAAUUAACAAAACUUAUUUACGAUAGUCAAUAG